AUGAACGUCGCAACGUUUGGUGCUACUUGCUCACCUGCUUCUGCGCAGUAUGUGAAAAAUAUUAAUGCCAUGCAGCACAUCCAGCAGUAUCCCAGGGCUGUCGAGGGAAUACUGAACUGCCAUUACGUCGACGAUUACCUCGACAGCUUUGGCAGCGAAUCUGAAGCGGAGAAGGUCUCGUCAGAGGUACGAUUAGUUCACAGUAACGGAGGAUUUCAUCUGCGGAACUGGAGAACGAACAGCGAAAGGGUUUUGAUAGGUCUUGGAGAGUCGGCGGCAGCAGACAUCAAGAACUUGUACCUAGAUCGUAGUGAACAUGUGGAUAGAGUACUCGGGAUGCUCUGGUCAACAGGUUUGGAUGAAUUGAGCUUUUCCACUCGCAUGAGUGAAGAGGUAAGACAUCUACUGGACAGUGGCACUAGACCAACCAAACGCCAAGUGCUGCGAUGUGUCAUGUCUCUAUUCGAUCCGUUGGGACUCCUUGCCCCAUUCAUAAUCCACGGUAAAGUGCUAAUUCAGGAGUUGUGGCGUGCAGGGACAGAGUGGGAUGAAGUGAUAGGCGAUAAGGCGUUCGAGCACUGGAACCGAUGGACAAAGAUGAUCGAGUUCAUAUCAACCGUAAAAAUACCGAGAUGCUACUUUCCCCGAGCCACUGAAGCGACCUAUAAGAACGCCCAACUUCACGUGUUCGUCGAUGCCAGCGAAAUCACUUACUCGUGCGCCGCCUAUAUUCGAACGACCGCAAACGAUGGAUCCUCCGAUUGUGUCUUGGUUUCCGGCAAAACCAAAGUGGCCCCGCUUAAACCGAUGUCCAUUCCACGGUUGGAGCUGCAAGGCUGCGUUAUCGGAACACGUUUACUCAAAUUCGUACAGGACCACCAUCCCGUCGCGUUCUCCAAAAGGUUUCUUUGGACAGAUUCCACAACAGCGAAAACAUGGAUCCAAUCUGAUCCGCGCCGAUACAAGCCAUUUGUGGCCUAUCGGGUGGGAGAAAUUUCCGAAAGUACAGAUACUAGCGAUUGGAGAUGGGUGCCAUCCAAGCUAAACCCAGCAGACGAGGCAGCCAAGUGGGGGCGGGGACCUUAUUUCAAUCAGGAGAGCCAAUGGUUUCAUGGACCUGCAUUCCUCCGACUGCCAGAAGAAGAAUGGCCAAAAACUAUCGAGCCAACGGAACCGACAACCGAAGAAACCCAAAAGAUUAAUGGACCCCUUACGCAGGGCGAGCUUCUCGGCGCGGAACAAGCAAUUGUGAGACUGGUGCAACGUGAGAGUUAUCCGGAUGAGAUGGCCAUUCUCGAACAGAACAGAACUAAACCGAACCACAAACAUGCUUUUCUCGAGCGAAAAAGUUCGUUGUUCAAACUGAUGCCAGAAUUAGACGAAGCCGGUUUGCUGAGACAACGGAGCCGUAUAAUUGCUGCGAAUGCUGCGACCUAUGAUGCCCGGUUUCCACUGAUCUUACCAUCGAAACACCGAGCAGUACAGCUUCUUGUAGCUGAUUAUCAUCAACGUUUUAGACAUGCGAAUAACGAAACUAUCGUCAACGAGCUUCGUCAACAUUACGCUAUUCCGAAUUUGCGUAGAUUGGUGAAGUCGGUCGCAUACAAGUGCCAAUUGUGUAAGAUUCGUAAAGCCUGUCCCGGUAAUCCACCUAUGGCUGCGCUUCCUCCAGCCCGCCUUGCAGUACACAUGCGUCCAUUCACCUUUGUGGGUCUGGACUACUUCGGUCCAUUCUUAACGAAAGUGGGAAGAUCAAAUGUGAAGAGAUGGAUUGCACUCUUUACAUGUCUCACUGUAAGAGCUGUGCACCUUGAGAUUGCCUUCAGCUUGACGACUGCUUCCUGCAUAUCAUGUGUGCGACGAUUCAUCGGAAGACGAGGGUCGCCGAUCGAAAUCUUCAGCGAUAAUGGCACCAACUUUCAGGGAGCGGAACGCAUUCUGCGUGAUCAGAUCGACCAGGAACUAUCGGUAACAUUCACUAGUACCACGACAAAAUGGAGUUUCAUACCUCCGGGGGCACCCCAUAUGGGGGGUGCUUGGGAAAGAGGGGAAAACAACUGA